UAGGUCAAUCAGUAUGCUCAUGGAACGUCAAAACUUGCCACCCGCAAUCAGUUCGAUUGGAACCUCCCAUCCGUGCGAAUCGAUGGCAGGUGCUAUGUACUUCCCGCUACUGCUGUUGGCCAUUGGCUGCUCCUGCAUUCCAACCAUUGCCGGUCAACCGGAGGGCAGGAUUAUUGAUGGCACUACGGUGGACAUAGCCCGUCAUCCAUAUAUUGCCUCACUUCGCUAUCGCCGGGAUGAGGAGUCCAGCUACAAGCACGAGUGUGCCGGUGUCAUCAUCUCGGAGCAUGCCUUGGUCACCAGUGCUCAGUGCCUCCAUGGCUUGCCCGCGGAAACCAAGCUUCAGGCUGUGCUCGGCGCAAACACGCGCAACGGAACCGAUGGAUUUAUUUACCCAGUGGCCAAUUGGACCCAUCAUCCGAACUACGAUCCCGUGACAGUUGACAACGAUGUAGGCGUCCUCCUGCUGGACACAGCCCUAAACCUCACGCAAUUCGGAAUAAGCUCGAUUGGUAUCCGCCCGGAGCGCCCUGCAGUGGGUAGACUGGCCACCGUUGCCGGAUGGGGCUACCGGGAGGAGUGGGGCCCCUCCAGCUACAACCUGGAGCAGGCCCAAGUUCCGGUGGUGAGCUCGGAGCAGUGCUCUGCCAUCUACGGCGCUGGUGAGAUCACCGAGCGGAUGAUCUGUGCGGGAUAUGUAGCUGAAGGAGGCAGUGACGCCUGCCAAGGGGACACCGGCGGACCCCUGGUUAUCGAUGGGCAGCUGGUGGGUCUGGUGUCCUGGGGACGUGGAUGCGGCCGACCCAACUACCCCACCGUCUACUGCCACGUGGGCAGCUUUGCCGAUUGGAUCGAGGAAACUAUUGCAGCUGCUGGAGCGCAAUAAACAUAGGCAUUUUCACGGCUAUCGAUACGCUAUCUUCAAGUGGUUAUUGCCCGGAUAAAGCUACCUAAUUUAAUAAUAAAACCUUAAUCAAACAAACAGCGUACCACGUUAUCGCCUG